AGGGACUCCUCGGUUGGAUUAUGGCAGGAUUGAAGAUGGCAAAGGAGCGAUUCGAUGCUGAUGCGUACUUGAAGAAGCAGGGUUGGAAGGGUGUAGGCAACGCCCUCAAAGAAGGCGGUCUCGCCCGACCGAUCCUGACCUCGAAGAAGUUCGAUACCCUCGGUCUCGGCAAGAAAACCAAAGCCUCAGCCCAAGCCGAUACCUGGUGGGACUCCGUCUUCAACUCCCAACUCAAAAACCUCUCCGUCUCGUCGUCCUCUGGUGCCGUCGUAUUGGACCAAAAAUUGAGUGUUGCGAAGAAUGGAACGGGGUUGGUUAGUGCGCAGGCUACGAUGGUGAAUGCGGUUAAGGGUGGGGGAUGGGAGAAUCCCUUGUAUAAGGCUUUUGUGAGGGGAAGUGGGUUGCAGGGAACUUUUACGCCGCCGAGUCAGUUAACAACUACGGAGAGUGUUGUGUCGUCGGAGGCAGAGGAGAAGGCGAAAAGCAAGAAGCGCAGCCGGAACGACAGUGACUCUACCUCAUCCAAGAAGUCGAAGAAGUCAAGAUCGUCAGAUGAAGAUAAGUCUGCAAAGAAACUCGCAAGAGAAGCCCGUAAAGCAGCCGAAAAAGAAGUCAAAAAGGCCGAAAAGCGUCGACUGAAAGACGCUGCAAAGGCAGAAGCCAAAAGACUGAAGAAAGAGGCGAAAGCUGCGGAGAAGAGAGCUGCGAAGGAGGCUAAGAAGGGUGUAAAGAAGGAUACUUGAGCAUGAGCAUGGGAAAGCAUGAAGGAGGAAGAAGGGCAUGGGAUACGGCGUUCGGGAUCUACAGCAUUUCAUAUACCCAAAAGACUGAAAGCAUCGCAUCUAGCCAGCUAGAAUAUUGAAAGACACCAAACUUCUACGACCC